UGAGGUGUGGUACAAACAACAAUCAUUUGUAGUGAAAAAAAUAUACGAAUAUGGUCCUACAAAGAAACCAUAAACCCAUAAUCCAACCGUCUAUAAUUUUAGAUUUGAGUAUUUUUGGUACACAUGAUCUUUGAGGAGUGACAUAAAAAAUAGACAACUCAGAUCGUCACGUCAAAUUCAAAUUUACUCUCAUUGUGUUUCUAACUAAUCUACUCUUAUGUCAAAUUCAAAUUUUUUAUUUAUUUCUAUCAUAUUAUUCAAUACAAAUGAACUGUUACGAUUUUUUCCGACCAUAGAAUUUUAUUGAUGAUUAAAGAGCAUUACAAUCUUCAAAAGGAACAUCCUCAAUAAUGUAAGUUCGUUAAACCAAUAAGUAUCGGACAUAUUGGUCUCGCUGUUAAGUGGUAAAGGGUGAGGGUUAAGGCUUUAAACACUGGCUGAUGUGGAGUAGUUGAGGCCAUUGGUUCCCAAGUUCCCAACCCGAAAACACAGGAGGAGGGCUGAGUUCCCAAUACUUUGGGGAUCUUUCUUAUAAUUUCUCUCCUCGCACCAUGUACUUCUCAACCUACGGACAAACAAACAAACAAACAAACAGACGAGCUUCUCUUCAACGUACGUUCAUAUGGAUGGCUGCCGCAAAGAGGUGCAUGGAUUUUCUUUUAGCUCUCGAUCAUGAACCAUGCAUUCGAUCAAUGUGCAAUGGAAUUCAGAUUCCUUGUCCGGGGUGAUUCAUGUUUGCUGGUGACUUGAAACAUAGGUUUUACGAGCUUGUAGCUGAAUCCGUCAUUUGUCAUUCAAAGUAGAAUUGGGGAGGUAAAUUUUACCAACCAUGGGAAAGAAUUUGAGAGACAAAAACCCUAACAAUUCAUCAGGGAAUGAGCAUUCACCAGGUUGCGUUUGGGGAUUACUUCAUAUGAUGAAGUAUCACCACUGGCAUUAUGUCAAGAAAAGACUUGUGCACAAGAGGCAUCGCGGUAAUAAACAUGCUGUUGGAGUUGGGAUUCCGGGAAGCUGUACUGGAAAUGCCUGUAUGCCAGAAGACACUGAUGCGAAGAGUGACAAAUCUAACGGUGAAGAAAAGACAAGGCAGUUCAUUCCAGCAGGCAUACAUUCCGUCAAGGCCCGAAUAAAAGCACGGAUUGCUGGAGAAAUGUCAAAGAAUGAGGGUAGGCAUAACCGGGCUUCAAGCUGUCCUGUACGAUCACAAUUGAAACGAACAGAAUCCAUGCAUCGUUUGGAACCACCACCUAACCUGUACCCGAUUGCUGAAAUGGUAUUGAGUGAGAAUAGUCCUAGAAUUGUUCACCACGGCAAUGAAAAAUCCUGUGCUACAAGCAAUCUGGCAUCACUGUCCGCGACAUCAUAUGAACGACCAAUUAGUGGCAAUAAUGAUUGUUGUGGAGAUAGUUGUCCACUAAUCACUAGAGAUCGUACCGUGCAUGACAAGGUUAAUGAGAAUAAAAAAGAUCACACAUUUAUUGAAGAAAAGCUGGAUGAUGACAGAAUGCAAGAUAUGUUCGAGAAGAAGUUGAUACACGGGGCAAUAGCCGAAUAA